UUUAAUAAUUGAAAAAUGAAUUCAAUUUGCAUUCAAUUUGUGGUUUUGUCUCUCACUCUGUCUUAUGUGAUGUGUGACAGAAGUGAAGACAUCGAGUGUCUGAAGAGUGGUUCCAAUGCAUUGAAUGGUCAGUCAGACCAACAACUCUAUGAUUUGACUCAAAAGAAUCUGUUGACCGGAGAAGACAUGGUUCUGAAGAGAGCAGCCAUUGCUAAACAGAGUGGUCUUCCCUGUUAUGACCAGUUCUACCAGAAGUACACCAAAGGAUUGGAAGCAAUCUUCUUGGGAUCCAAUGAAACCAAACGACUCGAUGGCGCCGACAGUCCACAGGAGAGAUCGGAUGCCAUGAAAGCCAUUGCCGGCAUAACUCAGGCCGUGAUAUGCGAUGAGAAGUGGAGAGCCGUUCACUUCAACGACACCAUCAAAGAGGCCGAGUGUUCAGCACUCGAGUCGACAGUAGUUCUCGAUUUAGUCGACUUUAAGCCAAAACUGGCGGCUCUUGAAAGCGGUCUCUGUUUUGGAUCAUUGGCUGCGAAGUUGAAGAAUAAAGUGAUGUCCGGAGUGUUGAGUGAAAUUACUAAACUUUAUGGACAACUGUAUACA